AUGGCUACUAUUCUACAGAACAUACUGACAAUCAUUUUCCUUGUUGAGUUCUUCGUUGGAAAUUUGGGGAAUGGAUUCAUAGCACUGGUUAACUGUGUGGACUCUGUCAAGAGAAGAAAGAUUCCUUCGGUGGAUCAGAUCCUCACUGCUCUGGCCAUCUCCAGAUUCUCUCUACUGUGGGUUAUAUUUCUAGAUUGGUUAGUGUGUAUAAAUUUCUCCCCCUCAUUCAUGACUAGAAACAUAUUAAGAAUAACUCAGAUUUCCUGGAAUAUAAGCAAUCAUUUCAGCAUCUGGCUUGCUACUAGUCUCAGCAUCUUUUAUUUUCUCAAGAUAGCCCCCUUUUCUGACUCUCUAUUCCUCUACCUAAAAUGGAAAAUUAAAAGGGUGAUUUUGAUUGCAUUGUUGCUAUCACUGGUCCUUCUGUUUUUGAAUAUUUUUCUAGUAAUCAAACAUAUUGAUGCCUGGAUUGAUGGAUACAAAAGAAACUUAUCUAACAGUUUGAGUUCAAGUUUUGUAGAAUAUCCCAGGCUUAUUUUAUUGCCAAGUUUAAUGUUCACAUUGAUACCUUUUGGUGUAUCCUUGACAGUGUUCCUCCUCCUAAUCAUUUCCCUUUGGAAACACAUCAAGAAAAUGCAGCAUCAGACCAAAGGAUGUAGAGAUGGCAGAACCUUGGCCCACCUCACAGUCUUGCAGAAUUUAGUUGUCUUCCUCCUAUUUUACAUCACUUUCUUUCUGUCUCUAGUUGUGGAAUUGUGGACAUUUGAUAUAGAGAAAGAACUGACUCUUCUAUUUGUAAGGGUUGCUAUAACUAUUUUUCCUUCCAUACACCCAUAUGUCUUCAUUCUGGGGCAAAGUAAGCUGAGACAGGACUUGUUUUCUGUAUUGCAGUGGCUGAAGUAUUGGUGCAAACAUGUGUAA